UGUGGGUGUUAUAGGCUCAUAGCUUCUCUGUUAACAACCUGAUCUGGGAUCUGUAGAGCAAUGAGAGAUGCGUUCAGGAACAUCUGCGAUGCUCUUGUGGAUUCUGCUGUUUGCCUGCCUUCUGUUGUUCGUGUGUACAGAUCCCACAGAGGUUAACGUGGAGCCUGGAAAAGAUGCCGUUCUUCAGUGUUAUCAUCCAGCAUAUUCAGAGAUUGCCGUGUUGGAGUGGCGCCGACCUGAGUUUGCGUCCAACGAGUAUGUGUUCUUCUUCCGAAACGGGCGCUCGUAUGAAAACUACCAGCACGAGUCCUUUAAAGGCCGAGUGGAGCUGAGAGCGCCGUCCAUGAAGGAUGGAGACGUUUCUGUAACUCUAAAGAACCUCAGCGUCGGUGACGCAGGAACAUACCAGUGUCGGAUUUUAUUCACCAAAAGCACCGAUGAGCUUAAGUGCUUCAUCAUGCUCAACAUCACAGCUUCAGGUGUCAUGGAUGAAGAGGAUAAACAGAUGUGGAGAGACAAGGACAGAGGGGAUGAGGACAUGUUUCCUUCAAAUAUAGAUGAUGUGUCUGUGUGUGCUGUGUGUCAUGGAUGA